AUGUCACUAUCCCGUUCUGGUGUCCAAAAACAUGAGGUCAAGCGCUUGCCGGACUCGGACUCGGACUCGGACGAAGAGUCGACAAGCGUGGCUUCCCGUGUUAAACGACAACGCGUAGAGGUGGUGCUGGAUAUCAACGCGCGCCGAACUACAUCCCUGAAAAGAGAGCGCUCCCAAUCGGUCGAGUGCAUCGCAGGUCCGAGUCUCUCGCGUCGGAGAGUCGACGACGGUCCACCGCACGGAGCCCCAUUCGACAUGAAGAAGUGGAAGGAAAACCUUCGGAAGUUGUACUCUCCGGACUGCGCUCUUCUGGACGAUGAUGUCCGCGCGAGACUGAAGGACCUUCUUGCGAAGUUACCGGACAAGCAGACGCAGAAGGAUGCCAUGGACUACGUCGCAGUCUUGGGAGACGUUGUGAGAGAGAAUGCACAGGCCGAAUAUGACGGGGCCCAAGAACAGGCGGAUGGCGCUAUGGCUGAUCUCGAGAGCGUGCGGGCAGAGUUAGCGCGGGCGAAGGUUAGAGUCUCUGAAGUCGAGAAGGAGUUUGAUCUGGCGAAACGCGGUAGCGACGACCGGAAAGAUAGGCUGGGUAGGGUGAAAAGUGUUUCUCGCUUGAUCGAGGACCUCGUCGCCGGCACUGCAAGCACACAUCGCGAAGACGCCGAGAUUGCGAAUGCACCAUCGGAUGUCACGCCAAAGUCGGUAAGCGACGCCAAGGACGACCUGCCCGAGAAUCCAGAGAACGUAUUCGCUGUACGCGGCUUCUUUGACGAUAUCGAGAAGGACUAUAAUGGAAUCUACCUUGGAUGCAAUUCCCGGCCUCAAAGUACCAUGUUAAGAGACUGGAAAGUGUGGCCUCUAUUCAUGCCGAACGACAAGGGCGAGAAGGACGACCGACUAAAUGGCGUUCAGCGCCCCUCUUUCAUCACAGACAUCGAUGUUGUGGAGGCCCCCUCUCACCUAGCAUGCGCCAAAUGCAAUGAAGGCCCUCGGGAGACGCGCGCCAAGUUCCCUGAGAAGUCCACUUCUCAGCUCGUCUUGCAACGACGAUGCCUCUACAGGCUGAAGAGGGCAGGAAACAUUGAAGAUAUCGUUUGCUUGACCUGCCGCCGUUUCCUUAGUACUGCGAAGUUGGAUCGCUGUGGCGCUGAUCAGGCGACAGUCCAUGCCUUCAUCCUCAACGCCCUCAAACAAAGUGCGAAAUAG